GCCAUCUCUACGGUAUUUCAGGCUUUGUAAAAAAACCUGUCCGUUUCCGGAGGAACACUCGCUCGACGCCAUUGAUAUGGAUCUCGUCCCUGCCGGAAGCAGAAAGAUCUAACUUUAGCUUCCGGCAUCGCGUUGAUUCGUACCGGAAACAGCUCCAGGACGCCAAAAAGCGCGAAAGCUGUGUGUUUCGAGUAACAACCUUGUCUGCGGUUCUGCAGCCGUCGGUAGGAUUCUGGCUCUCGAAAUGCUCGCUCAACGUCCGGAUCCCAUCAUCUAGGGAAGAUCUCGCUCUCUGUCGGAAAGCCACGACCUUAGCAGGUCCUGUCCGUUCCGCUAUUUCGGAAUCACCUGUGGACUUCUCCCUGAUCCCUGGGCGACCUCUUCUGGAAAAGUAAACAACCCAGAGUGUUCUCGAAAGCCAUUCAGGUUCACCGCCUUCGUCAUUCUGGAAGCUCGUCUCUGUCAAGAAUGGCGUCUUCACCAAAAGUACAAGAUGCCAACGAGCUCAGUGAAGGGUUCAUGCUCUACUCUGGGUUUAUCGGAGGAGAAGGAGAUGCUCCACCUACACCUCGAGCAAAACAUCGACCGGUAGACCUUCAGAACACGCCCAAGCAAGCGAAGAACGGCGACAAGAUGGUACAUGCGGGAACGAGAUCGCCUAGGAAAGGGUCAUAUGACGAUUAUCCGGUGCAGGUGAUGCCCCCUCCAGGCAAGGUCAACCCGAUUGGCGUGCAGGACGAGCUGGACGAUACGGCAUACAAUUAUGCGUUGAGGGUCGCGUAUAUCAACCGGAUAUUGCAAUCAGCCGUCUCGAGGCCGGCGAAAUCGCCAAACACGCACAACCUCGCUUCUCCCUUCGAGCUCUCGUCCGGAUCGAGUCCCGGUAACCUCCGCUCCCCUAACAACAACGGCAAUGCUCCCAACUCUUACUUCCCCUCGACCUCCAAGUAUCCCUCAAAUGCGACCGGGUCGUCCGGGAUGAUCGCUGCGCCUAGCACGGCGACUAGUCCAGGAAGAAGCGUUUUCGGGAGAAAGAAGGAGAAGGAGGCUGGGAAACUGCCGAAAGAGUUCUUGCCUGGUUUCUGGGAUUCGUUGGGGAACGAGGGCGGAGAUGCCGUAUGGAGGACUUCUGUCAACACGUUCUUAUCCUAUUUGCCUAACAAGAAGGCGACCAAGACAGCGUCGGGCUUGAAUCUGCGGGAAAUCUCGGUCCUUCUCGAGACGUUCAGCUCGGUACUGCCCUCGAGCGAUGGGGGAAUGACAUCGCCGACAACGAGCAAAUCGGUCAACCCUCAGAAGCACGUGCAUAUAACUCACUUGAUCGCGGUCUUAUCGACGUGCUUGCAGGGGUUUUAUAACCCGAUGAACAGGAAACUCAAGGAGGAAGACAAGGAGAUGUAUUUGAGGAUCAUGACCGAGCUGGAUCUCUGGAGCUUGAGACCAGAGACAGCUCGAGAACGUCAGCAGUCCCAGUCGUUUUACGGGGAUCUGGCCAGUCCUAAUUCGGAACCCGAAUCACCCAGCGCGAGGACAGUUUCGCGAAAGAGCUCGUUCAUCAGCAGCAUGGGAAGAAAGAAUGCGGCUACACCGCCUCCCAUGCCAUCUACUCCGUCUUUCGCCUCGAGUAGCGUGAGUCUGGCCAGCGAAGGAUCCAUCGAUACUCCAUGGGACCGAAGUCCGUCUAGGGGUAGUUCGCAUAACGGUAGAGAGAAGGAUAGAAAAGGUUCUUUGGUGAACGAUUCAGGCUCGCCUCUCGACCUGAUUGAUGUUGUGCGACGUGUCUUCGGCAUCAACAAGGACAAGAUCAACCAUGAUCUCGAUUCGCUGAGACGAGCGGGAUUGGAUGAAAAGAGCUACCUGUCCGAUUUGAAGGUCCAUCUUGUACAAGCCAACACGGCGGGUCAGACCACAGAAUCGCCGUUCAUGCAAGAGCGUGCAACUUCCCUUCAAGCCGAACUGGGCGCAUUGGUCCACGCUCGGCCUGAUCUCGCUGGUAUGAACAUUGUCUCGCCCACUUCGGGGCAGUCGGGCAAGGAGUUCUUCUUCACGCCGAAUCAGCGCAAGGACGAAAUCUACGCCCGUCUAGUCAAGCAAGCCAGGCUGACUCUGAGCUGGGAUACGCCUCUCACGCCAAAGACAACUGGAGAGCGUGAGCUGGUAGAGCUGUGCGCAGGAGUCUGGGGGAUUCGGAACAAGACGCUUGCCGAGGUGAGCGUGUCGUUUCAGAUCUGGUCGGACUGCCUCGGACGGGAGUCGGAAGAGGACGAAGUGGUCGGUAACAGGCGGAUGAUGGGUCCAGGCGCGUCACGCAAACGUGCCAGCUAUACCGAAGAGUUUGGUUGGGCAGAGAGGGUGCUCGAGGACCUGCUGGAGCUCGCCAUGGAUAUCGAAGCUGGUAUUGACGACGAAGAAGAAAAACUGGCAAAGUCUACCUUGAUGACAUUGCACAACAAGCUCGCGAGCCAUCUGACUUCAGCUGUUGCUAGUAUCUAUCCCACGACCGCCAUACCGCCUACCAAACCGCCUCCAUCAUGUUUCAGCCUGAUCAAGGCUUUGCUGGACUCGCCUGAUCUUUCCGGCUUGCUUCCGGACGCUUUAAGGGUUGGUUCGUGGCAGAAUGCUGCCGACGACUUACGAGGCGCCGCCGUGGGAGAGUACGUCGUCAAACAAGUAGAAUUCCUUGCCGAGUCUGGAGGCGGUAUGACACCUGGCAAUGAGGGCACUGAGAAAUCGCUCGAGGGGUACGAAAAGUUGGCCGAUUUUAUCGAGGAAGGGGUGCAGCGCGUCGGCAAAGUCUGGCCACAGGAUCGAUUGGACGGACGUCUUCAUCCACCCUCUAUCAUCUUGUCGAAACAACUACCCUUGUUCCUCGCCGAACUGCAAGUCCUGGAUCAGCCUUCUUCCGGUACAAAAGCCGACGUCAUUUUCGGACUCUACGAGCGUACUGCCCGCUUGAUUCACCUGUGGGAAGAACUUUGCCCAGGCGAAGAUUUGGCAUUCGAGUUGGAACCCUUCUUCGAGCCUCACGUAAGGGAAUGGCUGAGAGGUACUAAUGAGGUUGAUACGCACGAAUGGGUCUCGCGAGCUGUUGCUAUGGACAGCUGGGUCCCAGAGGGCACCUUGCGACACUCGCAAUCGGUGUUGGACUUAUUCCAGUUCAUCAGGACAGCCGUGACUACAAUUCUUGUUAAUCUGCCUUUGGGAGAGUAUAGCAAAGCAUGUUAUCUGAUCGACUUUUCCAAAACUGCGGCGGCUUCAGUGUCGCAAUACGCAACGACGGUUGAAUCGCUCUUCAUGGCCGAGAUGACUACAAACAGGGGCAACACCUCGGCUCCUCUUGAACCCGCGCCCUCUGUGGGAGGUAAAGCGGGAGCAUGGCUGGCUAAGAGUAAACAGGCCAUUCAGGGUCUCGAGCGGAAGAAAGUCGAAGGGUUCAACAUACCUCCUACGGCCUGUGUCAAGCUCACCGACAUGGGUGCGGCUCGCGCUUGUCUAGAAGAUUUGGGUAUCGCUAUGGACGCCGACGAAACGACCAGGAUCGUCAAAGAACACAACCUCAAGACCAACGGGUCUCCCAAUGGGAACGCCAAAUCGACUCAGCACGUCUUCACGGUCACUGCAUCUAGGGGCGAGAACCUGCUAAGCAAGAACCUUCAGAAGGCUGCCGACGCCUUCGUCACAAUGACAGAUCCUGUUACCAGCAAUCGCCUGCUCAAAUCGAACACUGCAAUCAGCAGCGCAGAUCCAACUUGGGAACAAUCCUUCGAGAUUACUAUCGGCGGUCCCAAAAUUCUCGAGUUGGCUUGUUACGACCGAACGCUUGUCGGCAAGCACGAUCUGAUCGGCACGGCGAGCUUCAAGCUUGACCCCUCAGCUUACCGCGAGGUUCCGACUCGCGAGCUGUUGGUCCCUCUAAACCCCCGAGGAAGCGUGUAUGUGCGCCUCGAGAUGGAGGGGGGCGAAAAACACGAAAUCAAGUUUCACCUUGAUCGGGCUGGUCGGUCACUGGACCGAGCUGGAGAGAACAUGACUCGGUGUAUCGUAGACAGGAUGGGAGAUUACGUCAAGUCUCAGCUGUCCAAAGACGCAAUCCGAGAGCUGUUACGCCCAUUAAGCGCCAAGCCCAAGAAAGGGACGGCGAAGCAGACAUCUCUCUCAGACCAGGACUUCGAAGCGAGCCUCGUUCCACUUUUGGAUUACUUUGACACAAACUUCUCGACUUUCGCAGUCACCUUGUCGGACAAGGUCAAGCUUCACGUCAUGACGCGGCUGUGGAGGCGGGUGCUGGACAUUUUGAUCUCGACAUUGAUCCCCCCACUGUCGGACAAGGAAACAACGGCAGACCCGCUGUCGACGCAAGAGAUCAAUGUGGUCUUCCAGUGGCUCAAGCUGUUGAAGAGCUUCUUCAACGCCUGCGAGAAUGGGGUUGAAUAUGGCGUACCUCUUUUGGUACUACAGUCAGGAGCAUACAAGGAUCUCCUCCUCAUUGGACAGUACCUCGAUCUCCCUGUGGCCAGUCUGAAGGGAAAGUGCGUUGCUGCCAUCAAGGGAGUGGGCCGACAAUCGAGCAAGUCUCAGAGUCUCGCUCAGAGCGGGUUCACGUCUUCCGGCGCGUCUGAAGACGAGGAGAGAACGGCCGAGAUACUCCUUAGGAUCUUGCGUAUGAGACCGCAAACCUCCGACUUUUUGCACAACCAGAUCUCAGCGCUCAACGAUGCCAGAGUCCGCAAGCAGGCAUUGGUGCAGUAACAACAAUAGAAUAUUCGACGACAAGCUACAAGAAUAGAAAGGAAGGACAUGUACAAUGUAGACUAGUUAAAGGGCCUUUAGAGCUUCGACCAGAUUGUACAAAGGGAUCUAGGAGUUUGACGUUAAACGGACAUUGAAUAGAAGCUGAUGUCCACUGG